GUUUUGGUUCAAAUGAGGAAAAUGAGGAGCAAACUUUUUAAUCUAGAAUUUUACAUAGUGUAACCGUGUUGUGAUUUUCCUUCUCCCUUUUCUCCGCCCUUUUAUAAUUUCGACUCACUCUCCUUUUCUGCUCCUCUUCAUCUUUAUUAAUCAAUAUUGCCCAAUCUUGAAGAAUGAAAGAACCGAGCCCUCUAAGGCAAGUAUCAGGCCCAGGCUACUCAAGUGACUUGGGAGUACUUUUUGAAGAGAAUGAAGUACAAUCCAAUGGUCUUGGAUAUCAAUCUGCUUUAAAUUUUAUACGUCCAAAGCCUACUUUUUCAACGCCAUUUCAAAAUUCAGUACAAAGUAUGGAACCACCAUCUUCAUCUGCCUCACAUUCUAUCACUCGUCGUCCACGUGCAGGAACAAUGCCAUCUUUUAUUCAACCUCCCAUCGCAAAUAGACCCGCAACUAAUUCCUCAGCGGCUUUGUUACUUUCAACCAUUGAAGCUGGUCGUCACCGCUCAGGUUCCUUAAACUUACCUCCUGUAGAGCCCUCAUUUUGGGGACUUGGUCAUGACGGCCCACUUUCUCCUUCCUCUGAACAGCUAUUGCAAAAUGAUAACGAUUUUUCUAUUGCUCGAACUAUGCGCUCUUUAGGACUGGAAGACGAUCAUGAACACGAAAAAGAGCAAGAAAAGGAGAAUGAUGAUAUUCUUACAAACAGUCUCUUUCACCACAAGUCUCCUCCUGAAUUCCACUUGCCGAGUCGAUCUCUUUUAUCAGGAAAUAAUAGAAAUAGAUCCUAUUCUGUAAACGCCGCCGCUAGAUACGAUAUGGAAGACAGUAAUGUUAGCCAAGGGGGUUUACCUGCCACCUUUGCGAAAAAUACAGGAUUAAGCUUUGUAAGCCCUCUUGAAGGAUUCAACAGACAGCAAAAUAGACCCCGUGCAGCUAGUAUGGGCCGUGCAGAAGCUGGCAGAUUAAAUAAUAUGAUGCAUCCUUCAGUAACAUUUUGGAAUAGCAAUAACAGCAGUAAUGGGCAACGAGUCUCUCCUCUAGUUGCAAUGACAGAAGAGGAGAUUGAUGAACAACCUGCACUAUCGCUUGGAGAUUCUGAACUAUUGGCCAAUAUUUUGCAAAGUGGUAGUAAUAAUGAAAUAAAUCAGCAAAUGGAAAUCUUGAAUGGCAAUGCAUCUAUAACCGAGCCCUACUUAACGUUUAGCCAAUCUACUCCUACCUUUAAAGAAAACUUUCAGGCACAAAAUGUUAAUCAACAGCAUUCAAGAUCACUUUGGGUUGGAAACAUUGAUAAUUCAAUCACCAUCGAAACACUAACACAAGUGUUCUCAAUGUUUGGUCCAAUUGAAAGUGUACGACUACUGUUAGAAAAGGAAUGUGCGUUCAUCAACUUUUUUCAUAUCGAGGACGCAGUACGUGCGAAAGAAGAUGUUCUUACUCACAUGGGUGGAAGAAUUGGAAGCUGUAUAGUUAGGAUAGGAUUUGGUAAAGCAGAUGCUGCAGUUACAGAAACAAAUGUAUCUCAACCUACUCGUGCCUUGUGGCUAGGUAAUAUUCCUGGAAACACAACACCAGCUUCGCUCCAGAGUAUUUUCGGCACAUUUGGCACAAUCGAAUCUGUCAGAGUUCUGUCACAUAAAAACUGUGGCUUUAUCAAUUUUGAGACUGUAGAAGAUGCAGUUGCAGCACGCGAUGCUUUGCUACAGAACAAAAUCUUUGCGCCUGGUUUUUCAACAGCUCGCGUCGGUUUUGCUAAAGUUCCAUCUACACCUACCCUUUCAACAAGAAAUAGCGAUUCAAGUGCAUCGACACCUGCAAAUGAAAGAAUCGAAGUUUUCACUAGCACUCCAAAGUCAUCAUCUAUAGAAAAGAAUGUGAACGACAAAAUGACCAUAGAGGACUGGCAGAAGGAGCUUUACGAGAUUAUGAAAGAGUUGGGCGUUGGAGAAAAAGUCACCCUGUCAUCAAUAUCCCAUUUAAGAACAACUUCCUUUUACCAUGAUUAUAUACCAUCAGUACCAGAACUAGGUGCCGGUCGAAAGUUUGACUCCAGCCGUUUAAAGGAAAUACGUAAAAGGCUUGACAACGCUGAAGACGGAGCUCAAGAAGCGGAAGUGAUUGCAUUUGAAUGCAUGGAUGAAAUAGCUGAAAUUACAAGUGAUUAUAUUGGUAAUACGCUUGUUCAACGUUUAUUUGAGAAAUGCAGCGAAGAUACAAAGACACUCAUGCUAGAGCGAAUUGGCCCUCACUUGGCAGCUAAUAGUGUCCAUAAAAAUGGUACUUGGGCAACACAGAAAAUAAUCGACCUUGCCAAGACACCAAGACAGAUUGAAUUAAUUCGUCAACACCUUCAGCCUUAUAUUCCUCCUUUAUUGCUGGAUCAAUUUGGAAACUACGCUGUACAAUGUUACCUCCGCCUUGGACAAGAUGCAGACAACGGUUUCAUAUUCGAUGCUAUGGUUGAAAAACUGAUGAUUAUCGCUCAAGGUAGAUUUGGUGCAAGAUCCAUGCGUGGAAUCCUUGAAAGCGAAUAUGUAACAGAGGACCAAAAGAUACUUGUUGCUGCAGCUCUUUGCCAAAAUGCUACUUCAUUAUCAACAAAUGCAAAUGGUGCAUUACUGAUAUCUUGGCUGAUAGAAUCGACUCAUAUUGCCAACCGAAUGCGAGUAAUAGCCCACCAACUAACCAAUAACAUGGCUCAACUUUGUACUCAUAAGCUCGGUUCACAAAUUGUUUACAAACUAAUCAAUCAAUCGACUGACGUAGAAUCCCAAGACAAAAUAUUUAAUAGCUUAUGUGUAGAAAAUAUUUUAUUAGAAAUUUUAUCAGAUCAGUUACGUGGACUUAAUUUUAUUCAAAAAGUAUUAGCAUGUCCUUCACUUAGUGACGAACAAAAAUCUAUUUUACGCCAACACGUCUGUGCAAGCUUAGAGCAAUUAAAAGGACCUGGUCAUAAAAAGCUGUUGGAUCAAUUGUUACAAGAAAACCAAUAACUUAAGACGAUACCCUUUCCCCCAAAUAAAAAUAACAGCAUCAACAAACAAAAGCAAGCUUUCUGACGACAAUCCCCUCAAAACAAAAGAAGUCUUUCUUCUUGAUGGAGAAAUAGCGUAGAGAA